AAAAAAAUAAAUAUUAUUAAACGAGUUUUAAAAUAUAACAUUAUGUCAGGAGUAAGAAAUAUUUUAUUAAUCGGCCGCACUGGCAAUGGCAAGUCUGCUCUUGCUAAUGUAAUUAGUGGAACAAACAAAUUUAGGGAAAUUGAAGAUAGUGUUAGCGAAACAAAAGAAUUAGAAUUAGAAACGUUUGGGUAUCAAGGAAUCAAAUAUCGAGUAAUUGAUACAGUAGGAAUUGGGGAUACCAAACUAAAAUCAAAAGAUGUCUUAAACAGAGUAGCCAAAGCCUGCUACGAAGUAAGAGAAGGAUUAAAUCAAAUUUUUUUUGUAAUUGGAGGAAGGAUUACCGAAGAAGAAUUAGAAACUUACAAUCUAUUAAAGCAGAUUAUUUUUAACGAAGAUAUUUAUAGUUAUACCACUAUUGUAAGAACACGCUUUACUGAUUUUGAGGAUGAAAGAAGGUGUGAAGAGGAUAAAGAAAAAAUCAGUCAAGAAAAUGAGAAAUUGGCCGAAUUAAUUAGAAUAUGUAAUAAGUUAAUUCAUGUUGAUAAUCCACCAGUAAAAGGUCGCUCAGCCGCCACUAAUAAGGAAAUUCGGGAAGUUUCUAGAGAAAGACUAUUGAAACAUUUAAUCUAUGAUUGUGGCAAUUAUCGUCCAAUUAGUUUAGAUAGAUUAAAUGAAAGAAUUAGUAGUUAUUUAACGGAAAAAGAACAAAUAAAAAAAGAAUUAGAGGAUUUAAAAAAAUUCCAAGCAGAGGAACAAAUAAAAACGGAGGCGGAAAGGAAAAGGUAUGAAGAGGAAAAGAGGAAAUCCGAACAGAGGUUAGCUGAAAUGGAGGCUAAAAUUGAAGUUCAAACUAAAAAAGUACUUCAAUUAGAACAAAAUCCUUUUAGUUUUAAUAAUCGUGAUAAAUGUCGCAUUUCUUAAAAACUAAUUAUUGACUAAGCAGAAAAAUGGGUUGAGGGAGAAACUACUAUUUUUUAUGAAUGAAAAUAAUAAAAUAAUAAUAAUUCCUAUAAAAAUUAAAAUAAUGGAAUGAUAAGUGAACUAAAAUUUAGUAAAAGACAGAUAACAAAUUCUAAUUCUUUUUUCUUUUAUAUUUAAAAGAAACUUUUUUUUACUAGAUUUUGUACUGAAAUAUGGUCUUGAAAUAUGGUCCAUUUUUAUUGGUUAAACAUAUAUAUAUAAUUUAUAAAAUGUACUAAUUUA